AUGUCAGAGUUCCAAAAGGAAGAGCUCUCCCUUGAAGAGACCAACAAGCUUCGUAUCUCUCUCGGUCUCAAACCUCUUGCCGCCGACGAUGCUCCUUCUUCCUCUUCUUCCAAGAAGGCGACGGCUCCUGAUGAUGCUGCACCACUCAAGCUAGAAGGUGAUGCGCUUGCAGCAAAGAACUUCCAGGACAAGCAGGACCGCGAACGGAAGGAACGCCAAGAUGCAGAGCUCAAGGAACGCUUAGCAAAAGCGCAGGCCAAACGUGAUGCUGCGAGGCGGCUCAAAGGUCCGACGCUUGCGGAUCCGGAUGUGAGCAACCAAGCUUCUACCUCUGCAUCGGGGUCCACUUUGUCGUCCAAGGAUACGCUCCAAUGGAUCAAAGAAUCCAAGAAGCGAGCCAAGGAACAUGCUGCUCGCAGAGCAAGGGAGCUUGAAGAACAAGAGGCUCGAGAACAAACACAGUACCGCGAGUCAGAUCUUGCUGGUCUUCGUGUUGGCCAUGAUGCUGACGAGUUCGGGGAGGGUGAGGAGCGUAUUCUUACCCUCAGAGAUGCAGGCGUUCUCGAUGAUGCAGACGACGAGCUCAUGGAUGCAGUGCUCGACCAGGCCGAACGAGAUGCCAAGGAUAUCGAACGCAAGAAAGGAGCAAAGGAGUACACUGGAUUGGAUGACGAAGAGGCGGCGACAGGGCGCAAACGCGGCGUACUGGCAAAGUACGAUGCCGACCUUCCCGAAGGCAGCCUUGCCUCCGCUGAAGAAUCCGGUUUCAGACUGGGCGCUAGCGUCUCUGCAGCCGAUCGUCGAGCAAAGCUCCGAGAAGAAGCUGAAGAGGAAGCUCGACGUGCCAACAAGCAGCUUCUUUCGCUGGACUAUGUCAAGAACCAAGAGCUCUCCGACUACCUGCAAGAAGGAGAUGUAGGAUUUAAGAAGCCAAAGACAAAAAAGCGGAAGAAGGCAGCCAAAGCCAAGAUCAGCUUCGAUGAUGAUGAUGCACAGGAUGCACAGCCAGAAGCUAGCACCUCUGCUACUGCUACGACCAGUGCUGAUGUCAUCGCAGACGUCGAGAUGGAGGACACGAAGACCGCCACAAAGCCGGUCCGUCGACAGCAGACCGACAACUUUGUCGAUGACGACGAGCUGCAAGCUUCGCUAGCCAAGUCGAGACGCUUGAAGGCGAAGAAGACGUUCAACAAGAUGACGCCAGAGAUGAUUGCGAAGAAUCUUGCAGCGCAACGUGCAGCUGAAGAAGCAGAGCGAUCGGCUGCUGGUGCGACGAGCGGGACUGCGAUACCUUUUGGGACUAAUGGAGGUGGCACAGCAGCGAAUGGCAGUGCAGAGGGGCAAGGUGGGGAAGGCGGCUUGACUUUUGACGAGACUAGCGAGUUUGUUCGCGCAAUCCGAGAGCGUCCGUUGGAAAGCAAGACAAGGACGAGAGCUCGUUCUGUCAAGCGGGAGUCUCCCUCACCUUCGCUUGGCAACGAAGCUCAGAUCAAGCGGGAAGCCUCUGCGGAUUCCGUCGCCGGUGUGCCGAUGCGCGAACUAGACACAGCUCAAGUCAAGACGGAAGAAGACGACGAUGCUCACGUAGCUCUCACCUCGACCAACAGUGCGCUCAGAGACGAGCCAGAGGAAGGCGAGACACUCGACACCAUCGUCAAGUCGGAGCCUAAGGACGACCUUCCUGUACCAGACGAAAGCGAGCCAGUCAUCGGUCGAGGCAUGGCUUCCACCCUCUCUUUCCUCCGACAACAAGGCAUGCUACCUCAAACCAACCCCGAACUCAAAUCUCGCGAAGAACAACAACGUCAAUACGACGCCUGGCUCGCCGCCCGUCGUCUCGAAGAACAGUCUCGCGAACAAGCCCGUUUAGCAUCCAAAGCCUCCGGUUCUUCCAUCGACCAAUCUUCGCGCGAAGCUGCCAAUCGCAACCGCGAGCUAGAAGAAGCCCGACUCGCCCAAGAUCGGUUCCGAGACUACAAGCCCGAUGUCGAGAUCAAGUAUCACGAUGAGUUCGGGCGAGAUCUGGAUCAGAAAGAAGCUUGGAAACAUCUUUCGCACGUGUUCCAUGGAAAGAAGCCGGGAACGAAGAAGAUGGAGAAGAGAUUGAAGAAGAUUGAAGACGAGAAGAAGAGAGAGAGGAUGGCUGCGGGGGACACGCCUAUGGGGAUGAUGGGUGCAUUUAUGAGUAGGAGUGAGAGGACAGGGAAGGCUCACAUGGUUUUGAGUGUGGGUAGUAGAGGGAGUGCGCCUCAGGAGAAUGAUCUUUUGGAUGGGAAGAGGAAAGGAGACGGGAUCGAGCUUAAGAAGACGCAGCCUAAGGCGGCGAAGAGUAAGAAACAGGGCGGUGGUGAGGAAAUGUUGUUGAGUCCUAUACCGACUGGUGGGACCACGACAGUGAAUGGGGAUGCGACUGGGGAAGGGAGUGGAACGGCGACGACGGUAAAGACAGGUGGUGGAUGGGCUAGGAUAGGAAGUGCUACUCCUGCUCCCCCAACCAAUGCUGCGGGGGCGGUGACGAGCGCAGGUUCUGGUUUCAAACCGGUUGGAAGUGGUAGCGGAAUGACAAGUGUUACUGUUUCUGCUUCUGCUUCGCCUGCUCCAGCGCAGGAAGCAUCGACCUCGGGUACGGGGGGACCUUUCCGUCUCGCCUUCAGCUCCGGUCUCAAACGUAUGGCUGAGCAAUAG